AUGGUUGUGAAGCGUUGGGAAGCCGAUCCAGUGGAUGUCUCUAUCCUCAAGGAACAACUUCAUUUCAAAACUUCUGGACGAUACGCGAAGAAUCGGUUUUUAAAGGUAAAAAUAGGCAAAAAUUAACAUUGAAAAUGAUUAUGUACCGUCUUUUACCAUAAAAUUUAGGCGGCGUUAUCCGAAGCUCUAGCAACAUGGGACCCAAAGGAUCCCAAGAAAGUUGGAAUUACAACCACAAGCUUGAUUAACCUGUAUCAAAAAUGGGCUCAUGGAGGAUUUGGAGUUGUCCUGACUGGGAAUAUCAUGAUUGAACAUACUCAUCUGGAACAGGUCGGAAAUCAUGUUGUCAGCAAGGAGAGUUGGAGUGAUGAGAAGAAGAGAGGACUCAAGUAAGUCGGGCUUUUAUCCCUGCAGAUUUUAGCUUUUGCUUUACAGCGCCCGCUAGCUUCAAACGAAUAUGUCAGAUCCAAAACGAAAAAGUCGUGUUUUAGAGAGCUUGCCGACGAUAUGAAAGCAGAAAAUACCUUGGCAAUUGUCCAAGUUGGCCAUGCUGGUCGUCAAACUCCCUUUGCUGUAAACCCAACUCCUUUUGCCCCCUCAUCCGUCCAACUGCCAGUCAAAAAACGCGGUAACACUUAUGGAGUGCCGGUUCCGCUGACCCUAGAACAAAUCCAAACCGAAGUUAUCGAUCGGUUCGUUUACGCGGCCGUCAAGUUUUAUGAAGCCGGAUUUGACGGGAUUCAACUUCAUGGAGCUCACGGAUAUCUGCUGGCUUCAUUUAUUUCGCCGACAACUAAUCAAAGGACAGAUAAAUAUGGAGGAAGUGCCGAGAAGAGGGCUCAGAUUGUGGUUGAUGUUUAUAAUGCCAUUAGGUGAGAUUUGGAGUAAAAACUGACUCUUAUUUUAGAGAAAAGAUCCCGGCUUCUACCGGAUUUGUAAUUGGAAUCAAGCUGAACUCCGUCGAAUUCCAAAGUCACGGCCUGGGUUUGGAAGAUGCGAUUACGACCGCUAGGAUUGUUGAGGUAAGCGAAACUUUCAGAACUUAUUAUAGCUAACGCAAUUUUUUUAAUUAAAGUUUUUUAUUACUUUCCUUCCCACUGAAUUCAAAAUUUCCAGGCUACCGGUUUUGACUUUAUCGAAUUCUCCGGUGGAAACUAUGAGAACUGGCAGAUGGAUGUGAACGAAUCGACCAAGAAAAGAGAAGGAUUCUUUAUCCAAUUCGCCGAAGCCAUCAAGCCCCAUCUCAAGAAUACGGUAGUCUACGUAACGGGCGGUUUCCGGACAGCUCCAGCGAUGGUUAAGGCCGUCAAAGAGGGCUCCACUGAUGGGAUUGGGCUUGGUCGACCAAUCACCGCUGAGCCAGAUUUGCCGAAGAAAAUCUUGACUGGCCAAGUGACUUCGGCUGCGUUCAAUCCAUUGGACUAUGAUUUCUUUGGCGGCGCUCAAAUUACGUCAUCUCAAAUGGCUCAGGCGGGACAACUACCGUAUUCGAAAUGUCAUGGAGAUCCGUGCUAUGGAAUUAUGGAUCAGAGUGACGAAAGAGAGCUGGAGAUCUACAAUAAGGAGUUUAAGAUACACAAUGCCGAGGCCGUGAGAAGAUUGAAAGAGUAUGGCGAGCCGAUCAGAGGGUCUUUUCUUUACAAACCCAGGUAUCUAAAGGAGUCUAAAUUGUAAAUUGUUUAAAUUUGGAUACUUUUAAGUGAGGUUGGAGAUUUUGUGAAACAUGUAUUGCUUCUGUAUUUUCGUAACAUUGAAUUGAAGAUAAAUAAAGACAAAAACAAAUAAGUUUACAGCCGUUUGAUCGCUAUAACGUGUAGUUCGUACCCGUUCUAGCCGAUCAGCCCCCCUCGUCGAGUUUGUAGCGAUAACACUCCACCUUUUGUGCUUUUAUAUCAAAGAAGAUGAAUGCAAAACUACAAAUCGGAGGAGAAAAGCCUUGAAUUGUGCGAAGCGUUUGUUCCGAUCGUUAGCUGACUAUUUGUCUUGCGGAAAGUAUUCAACGUACUGGCUGGGCUUUGGAUGGGAGGAGUAGACAACGUAAUAACUGAGUUUUAUGCUUUCUUUUCGGAGUUUUGAAGGGUAUAUAAAGGGAUGGGGAAUUUGGGGAAUUGCAAGGCUUAUUUAUAUUUAUUCAGGUGCUGAACAGAGAGUUGAGUCUCAAUACUUAAAGAUUAGGAGAUGAGUAAAGUUAUAGACCUAGUGUAAAAAGACGACAUAGGGCGUAGGAAAGAUGGCGCUCCACUUAAUUUGUUUUACAGUUAUACAUGACAAAAGGUUAUCUUUGAGAGAUAUUUUUAGUUGUUUUAGACAUAAAACCUAUGAAGAAACGAAAGACAAGUCUCUCGAAAUUGCAAUUCUCAUCAAAAUCUACGUUUGUACGUAUCACAUCAACUUUAAAGUCAACAUAAUUUUUCUGUUCUCUCCGCUUAUCACAGGAAAAAUCUCUUCCAAUUUUUAUUAAAUUCUCACGUCCAGAAAGUUCGUUUCCUUUCCUUUUUGUUUCCUCAUGUUUUCAGCAGUUUUUGAUCACCAAUUCCCCCCGCAAUUUAUGGCCAUAUUAAUGCCCGUAUGUUCAGUGUUUGGAAAACCUUUUUCGGGAAUUUUGCCGUAUUCCGGUUACCCUUUAUUUCCUUAUUUCAGCGCAAAUUGCAAAUAUAAAUCGUGUACUUUGAAGGGCGCUCAAAGAAUGCCUUUCUUCAGACUUCUUUUGGACGCGAUUACAUAUUUACACUUUUUUGCUAAAGAAAUUGCUGGAAAUCAGACUUCAUUUUUUUAGAAAUUUGCAGGAAAUGGUUGUUAAACGUGUUGAUGCCGAGCCAGUGGAUGUCUCCAUUUUGGGAGAACAACUUCAUUUCAAAACUUCUGGCCGAUAUGCCAAAAAUCGAUUCUUGAAGGUAAAAAAUGAAUGAGUUUUAAAUGUCAUACAGUAAAUCAGAGCAAAUUAAAAUAAAAAUUUAGGCUGCACUCUCCGAGUCUCAAGCCACAUUUGAGCCGAAGGAUCCGAAGAAAAACGGCCUUACGACUCCGGUUUUGUUGAAUUUGUAUCAAAAAUGGGCUCGAGGAGGAUUUGGAGUGGUCUUGACGGGGAACGUUAUGAUUGAGCAUAACCAUCUGGAGACUGCCGGUAAUCAUAUUGUCAGCAAGGAGACCUGGAGCGAUGAGAAAGAGAGAUUACUCAAGCAAGUUGAUUUUCGCAUCAACCUUUUAUGACGUCACACUUUCCUAGCGCAAUAUAAAUUUUUCAAUUUCAGACAGCUGGCUUCAGAGAUCAAACAGGAAGGUACUUUGGCCGUUCCCCAAGUUGGCCACGCCGGUCGUCAAACUCCAAAGUCUGUCAAUCCAACUCCUUUUGCGCCGUCGGCCGUCCACCUUCAGGCGGAGAAAGCGGGCAACACUUAUGGUCCUCCAAUUGCGUUGACUUUAGAGCAGAUACAAACUGAAGUCAUCGACCGUUUCGUUUUUACCGCUGAGAAGUUAUACCAGGCCGGAUUCGAUGGGAUCCAACUUCAUGGAGCUCAUGGAUACCUCCUGGCUUCAUUCAUUUCUCCUUCUACGAACUUGAGGACGGAUAAGUAUGGAGGGAGUGCGGAGAAAAGAGCCCAGAUCUUGGUCGAUCUUUAUAAUGCGAUUAGGUAAGUGUAAUUUUGACUAAAAACGAUUUUUUAUAAGUUUUCUAUUCCACAAGUUAAUUUUUCUCAUUUGCAGAGCCAAGAUCCCUGCUUCUACUGGAUUUAUAAUCGGAAUCAAACUCAACUCCGUAGAAUUCCAAAAUCACGGCCUGGGAAUUGAAGAUGCUAUCACAACCGCCAAGAUUGUUGAGGUAAGCAGAAUUUCCCUAAAAACUUUGUUCCCCGUCUAACUCUCUCUCAUUCCAUCAAUAAACUUUUAGGCAACCGGCUUUGACUUUAUCGAAUACUCCGGUGGUAACUACGAGAGUUGGCAGAUGGAUGUCACCGAAUCCACCAAGAAGAGAGAAGCCUUCUUUAUCAAAUUCGCUGAAGCUAUCAAGCCUCACCUCAAGAAGACGGUAGUCUAUGUAACUGGUGGCUUCCGAACAGCCGCAGCGAUGGUAAAAGCCAUCAAAGAAGGCUCAACUGAUGGAAUUGGCCUUGGCCGUCCCAUAACGGCCGAACCUGACCUGCCCAAGAAGAUUUUAUCCGGACAAGUAUUGGCUGCCCCAUACAAUUCAUUGGAAUAUGAUUUUAUGCAAACCCACGGAAUCGCGGCUUCUCAAAUGCUCGAAGCUGGACAACUGCCAUACUCCGAAUGCCAUGGAGAUGUUUGUUACGGCAUCUUUGAUGCAAGCGAUGAAGAAGAGCUCAAGAAUUUCUAUCAGGAAUUCUUGGCCUAUUACAAAGAGAAGAUUAGAAAAUUGGUGGAAGAGAACAUUCCAACUCAAGGCGCUUUACUUUACAAACCAAGGUAUCAAGGCGCUAAAUUGUAAAAAAUUAUUUUAGAUUCCAAAAAUCUCUCUAA